AUGCCUUCCUCACAUGCCGACGAUCUUUCCGUUGGGGACGUGUUCGCGCCGCAGGCCGACAGCGUCAUCGACAUCCCGGCCAAUCACCGUCGCCCCAAUGCGCACAUGGGCACUAUGUCGCCGCCAGAGCAUACAACCAAGGGAUUCAAUGGGUUUGCAAAUCAGACUCUCAAUGAGAACAUGCUCCCAAAGCAGCGCCGGAAGAAGAAGAAAAAUCAAUUCGUGCCGGGAUGCGCAACUGUUCACGGUUUCACUCCUCUAGCAUCUGGCGAUGAGGAAUCGGACUUCUCCGCUGCAAGCUCACGCGCGCCCUCUCGGCCUCCUACUGCGCUUGGUGGCGCCAGCCCACUAGUACAGGCGGCGCACACGGGCCAUGGUGUCAGCGCAUUGAAGCUUCAGCUCAACACUUUAAAUUUGUCUGACAGCAUUUCUGGUUCCAGCGGACUUGUCUCCCAGACCCCCAGUGUCGCUAGUGUUUACUCCGAUAGCGACCAGACAGAGAUCUUGACCAGCUAUGAAAUCCCUCUGGAUCAGGACUUUGUUAGUUCCGACGCAGUGCAACCAGAGGAACUGGACGAUCGCAAUGCAGAUGUCCCAGGCAUGAAUUCGGAAUUGCGCAGUCAGUUGUGCCGCAAGAUGACAGCGGAGGACUUUGUUCCCAUCCUCUGUUUGGGCAAGGGCUCAUUCGGAACUGUGUUGCUGGUGCGCCACGUCGUCACGGGCAAGCUCUAUGCCCAGAAGCAAUUCCGGAAGGCUACCCUCACUGUUCACAAAAAGCUAGUCGAGCAGACCAAGACAGAGCGCACAAUUCUAGAAAGUGUCAAUCGCCACCCCUUCGUCGUCAAGCUAUUCUAUGCCUUCCAAGAUCACGAGAAGCUCUACUUGAUCCUGGAGUACGCGCAAGGCGGCGAACUCUUCCACCACCUAGCCAUGGAACGCAUGUUUGAAGAAGAUGCAGCAGCCUUCUACAUGGCAGAGAUGGUCCUUGCACUCGAACACCUUCACCAAAACGUUGGCGUUCUCUACCGCGACCUGAAGCCCGAGAACUGUCUCCUAGACGCGCAAGGCCACCUCCUCCUAACAGAUUUCGGUCUCAGCAAGAUCGCCCUCAGCGACGACGACCGCUGCAACUCCCUCCUCGGCACAAUCGAGUACAUGGCGCCAGAAGUGAUCCAAGGAAAGCCAUACGGAAAAGCAUGCGACUGGUGGUCCCUCGGUGCACUGGGCUACGACCUCCUCACCGGCUCACCCCCAUUCCGGGCAAACAACCACGCAAAGCUCCAAGAGAAGAUCGUAAAGCAAAAGCUCAUGCUGCCCUACUUCCUUGGACCAGACGCAAAGGACCUCCUCACCCGUCUUCUCCGAAAAGAACCCUCCAAACGCCUUGGCUAUCACAUGCAGAAGGACCUGCAGAUUAUCAAGAAACACCGUUUCUUCCGCAAAAUUGAUUGGGAGGCCCUUGAGCGUCGAGAGGUUGACCCGCCUAUCCAGCCUAUCGUCACGGACCCCGCGCUCGCAGAGAACUUCUCUGUCGAUUUCACCCAUCUCCCGCUCAGCCCGACGAUUGCUGCUGCCGGUUUCGACGAGUACUACGGCAAGGGACAGGAUUUCCCGGCUGGAAAGGGUGCGGAUGGUGACGAGCACGGUGGCGAGAGUAAUCCGUUCGGUGGGUUUAGUUAUGUUGCUUCGAGCAGCUUGCUGGACCAUGGAUUGGGAAUUGUGACCGCUGGGUAUUGA